AUGGCACGACGGUACUCGCCGCCCGACUCGCCUCUCUCAUCAAUGGGUUCCGGUUCCGAGGCCUACGACGAGGAUGGCCAUGAAGAAGACGACGGCUCCCUCCGCCCGUCCAAGCGGCAGAGAGUCGAUGCGCAAUCCAACACGUCGUCUGCUGUGGUCCCCGAGGUCGAGCACGAGGCCGUGCCCGUUCCAGAUACCCUCGAAGGCAUGUCGGACGUGUCCUCGGACACCUCGGGCGACAUCCCCAGCUCGCCCGUGAAUGCACGCCUCGAGGAAGACGACUUCCAGGACCAGGUGACUGUCUGCGACUGGGACGGCUGCCCCGCCGGCGACCAGGGCGACAUGGACAAGCUGGUUGAGCACAUCCACAACUCGCACAUUGAGAAUCGGCAGAAGAAGUACACGUGCGAGUGGAAGACGUGCAGCAGGAAGGGUCUUCCUCAUGCCAGCGGAUACGCGCUCAAGGCGCACAUGCGCAGCCACACCAGGGAAAAGCCCUUCUAUUGUUACCUGCCUGAGUGCGACCGCUCCUUCACGAGGUCCGACGCCCUGGCCAAGCACAUGCGAACCGUCCACGAGACCGAGGCCCUGCGGCCUUCGGACCCAGUGCCCAAGUCGAUGCAGUCCGGCACGGCUGGCAAGUCGAACAAGCUCAAGAUUAUAAUCAAGACGCCGCAGUCACACGGCGGUACCGGCGACGACGAAGCCGGCGACGCCGUGAACGGCGAGUCUGCCAACUCGGACUUCUUUACCGCCCUGCCCAACGACCUGUUUUCGUCGGAGGAGCUCUCCUUCCCCGUGGACAAGCUGUACCGCAAGUGCUACUGGGAGUCGAAAUGGGCCGACGAGGUCGGCGAGGCCCUCCGCAAGGAGUGCAAGGAGUGGGAAAGGGUCUACUACAAGGAGUGGCUGGAGAAGGAAGUGCUGCUGUCCCAAGUCAUCAAGAGCGAAAUUGACUGGCACGGCCGACGUCAGGCCAUCCUCGACGGGACCGCCGACGUUCAGGUCCCUGGCGUCGUGGAAUCCAAGAACGGCGAGCAGACCAACGGCCAUGGAAAGGGGGGAGCCAUGCCCUCCAAGAAGGCACAGGCCGUCAGGUCAUGA